AUGAUCUGGACGCACUUGGUCUUGAACACUGUCGAUGGCUGCAUUGCGUGGUUCUACCUCUUCCGCAAGAUCAAGCCGGGCUUCUGGAUAUUCCUUUGGUUCUGUAUCGUCUGGGCUAUCCAGAUACAACUUGUCAUGCAAAUCAUCAUCAACCGCAUCGCUCUGCUCAUGAGCGACCAGCAUCGAGCCAGACAACUGAAAUGGAUCACCUUUGUGAUUGUGGGAAUAAUAGGCGUCGUGGUCACUGUCGUCUGGAUGCCAGCGAGUCUUCAGAUCUCGCCCAUGUGGAUCGAGGUGAACAAGGUCUGGGAUCGACUCAAGCAGUGCAUCCUCACAGUCAUGGACGUUUGCCUCAACUUCUAUUUUCUCCACAUGGUUCGGAAACAUCUCAUUGCCAACGGACUCCAGAAGUACAAAUACCUCUACAACUACAAUGCGGCGAUGGUUGGGUUGGUUGUUCUGCUUGAUGCUACACUGAUUGGCCUGAUGUCCUUACAGGUCAAAUACGCUUAUCUGCAAUUCCAAAUCAUCGUGUACCUCACCCGCUUUUACAUCGAAAUGGCCAACGCCGACUUGAUCCGCAAGAUCAUUUCCCGCGCCAACUUCGAUAACGACAACUCGUCUGUUCUUGUCCGUACCAGCAGCUUCGUCGACGGGGAGCACCCGCUACAUACCGCGAGUCCGUUGUCGCAAGGGCGUCAUCAGCAAGCUACCCCCAGCGCAGAAGCGUUUGCCCUGCCACGGUUCUCGAACUGA